AUGCCCUUCGUGGCAGCUGCAGCCGACGGUUCUCUGACCACCAACAAUUACUUCGUAACACUUCAUCCAUCGUUUUUUGAGUGAGUAAGGAUCAGUAUUCCUCUCCAACAUUCCAAUUUUCAUUUCAGUUCAAGCUACACGGCAGAGGCCCGCAUCGGAGUCGACGUGAAGGGAUCUGUGAAGCUAGUCAACUUGAAAAUAGCCAAGGAUCUCAAAGUGAAAAGUGUAACUUUCUACACCGGAUUGGCUCAAGCAGGCACUUUCAAAUACGAUGCGAAAAAACAAGUGCUCGCUGUCACUUUCAAAGAGCCCUUAAAGGUCGGAAAAGACGGCUACAUUGAGAUCGAGUAUUCUGGAAAGUUCGGGCCAACUGGAGCCAAUAAGGGCUUCUACCAUGUGGAGAAGGCGACGUACAAAACGAACUUGAAGGUAACCGGAUGGUCUUAACAAAAUAAGCUGAUGGUUCAGAACGGAAACGUUAUCAGCCUGUUCCCAAUACUCGAAGACGUUGCCGUUCCGGUAGACAUCGUCCUUGAUUUCGCCUAUGAAACGGAAGUGACGACCAAUCUGAAGACGAACAAGAAGAACGUCAAGCACUCGGAGCAGAUAAUCAGUGAUUUCAGCAGCGGAACCAAGAAGAUCAAGUUGUCCGAUGUGGAGUUCACGAUGGAAGUUCCUGGCAUUCUGAUCCUUGACUAA